AUGAAACCCCAAAUGAGGGACAAGAGAGUCUUCUUUUUAGUCUUGCUCUUCUACAUCUCUGUGUUCCUUGUGGAAUUUGGCAGAGGACAGAGACAGAACAACAGAAGAACUGAAGUCAAUGUGGGUGCCGUCACUGAUGUGGGGACUACGUACUCGGAGGUUGCCAUGCUAUGUGUCAAGUUGUCUCUUUCCGAUUUUUAUUCUUCUCGCCCUCAGUUUCAGACAAGGCUUGUUGUCAACGUCGGUGACUCAAGAAACGACGUUGUGGGUGCAGCAGCUUCAGCUCUUGAGCUGAUAAAGAACAAGCAAGUGAAAGCCAUUUUGGGGCCGUGGACUUCAAUGCAAGCUCAUUUCUUAAUCGAGAUUGGCCAAAAAUCACAGGUUCCGGUUGUUUCAUACUCUGCAACAAGCCCAUUUCUUACAUCUCUCCGUAGUCCAUACUUCUUUCGUGCUACAUAUGAAGAUUCCUCUCAAGUCAACGCCAUCAAAUCUAUCAUUAAGUUGUUCGGAUGGAGAGAAGUUGUUCCUGUUUACAUCGACAACACAUUUGGAGAAGGUAUAAUGCCUCGUCUCACUGAUGCCUUACAGGAAAUCAACGUUCGAAUACCUUAUAGAUCUGUCAUCUCACUCAAUGCCACUGAUGAUGAAAUCUCUGUGGAGCUUCUUAAGAUGAUGACCAUGCCUACAAGAGUGUUCAUUGUCCACAUGUACUCUUCUCUUGCCUCGAGAGUCUUUAUCAAAGCCAAAGAGAUUGGUCUGAUGAGACCGGGGUAUGUCUGGAUCCUGACCAAUGGAGUUACUGAUGACUUAAGUUCGAUAAGUGAGAUGGGUAUUGAGGCUAUGGAGGGGGUAUUGGGUGUUAAGACUUUUAUUCAGAAAUCCAAAGAACUCGACCAGUUCAAAUCUCGAUGGAGGAAGAGAUUCCCACGUAAGGAGCUUAGUGUUUACGGAUUGUGGGCAUAUGAUGCUACCACUGCACUGGCAACAGCCAUUGAAGAAGCUGGAACAAAUAACCUGACAUUUAGUGAACCAGAACCUGGGAGGAAUGUUUCAGAACUUGAAGCUCUUGGUUUAUCUCAAUACGGUCCAAAGCUUCUUCAGACACUCUCACAAGUUCAGUUCAAAGGACUUGCAGGAGAUUUCCAUUUUAUCAAUGGGCAGCUGCAACCAUCCGUGUUUGAAAUUAUUAAUGUGGUCGGAACUGGAGAAAGGUCAAUAGGAUUCUGGACCGAGGAAAAUGGUCUUGUGAAGCAACUAGACCAGCAACCCGGGAGCAUGGGCGCUUUAUCUACAUGGAAAGAUCAUCUUAAAUACAUUAUAUGGCCUGGAGAGGCUGAUUCUGCUCCCAAAGGAUGGGAGAUCCCGACUAAUGGGAAGAAGUUGCGUAUUGGAGUUCCAAAGAGAACAGGUUACACUAAUCUUGUGAAGGUCACAAGGGAUCCUAUCACCAAUUCAACAUCAGUCACAAGUUUCUGCAUAGAUUUCUUUGAGGCUGUGAUUCGAGCAAUGCCUUAUGACGUCUCCUAUGAGUUCAUACCUUUCGAGAAACCGGAUGGUAAAGCAGCUGGUAAUUACAAUGACUUGGUCCACCAAGUGUUCCUUGGGAGAUAUGAUGCGGUUGUGGGAGAUACAACCAUACUGGCGAACAGGUCCUCUUAUGUCGAUUUUACACUCCCUUUCAUUAAAUCAGGAGUGGGAAUGAUUGUCCCAAUGGAUGACCUAGUGAAGAGAGAUCACUUCAGCUUCUUGAAACCUUUGUCAUUGAAACUAUGGUUGACUUCCUUUGCCUUUUUCUUCAUUAUUGGCUUUACUGUUUGGGUUGUUGAGCAUAGGGUUAAUCCGGAUUUUCGCGGACCAGCUAAUUACCAAGCUAGUACCAUAUUUUGGUUUGCUUUCUCUACCAUGGUUUUUGCUCCAAGAGAAAGGGUUUUCAGCUUUGGAGCGAGGAUCUUGGUUAUCACAUGGUACUUCCUCGUUCUCGUGCUGACUCAAAGUUACACAGCCAGUUUGGCAUCACUUUUAACCACACAACAACUUAAUCCAACCAUAACAAGCAUGAGUAGAUUACUUGAGAGAGGAGAAAGAGUUGGUUAUCAGAGAACAUCGUUCAUCUUUGGUAAGCUUAAAGAAGCAGGUUUCUCCCCAUCUACCCUUGUGCCUUUUGAUACGGCAGAAGAAUGCGAUGAAUUUCUCAGAAAUGGACCAGAAAAUGGUGGAAUCUCUGCAGCUUUCUUGGAAAUACCUUACUUAAGACUCUUUCUUGGACAAUAUUGCAACACCUAUAAAAUGGUUGAAGAACCUAUUAAUGUUGAUGGAUUUGGCUUUGUUUUUCCAAUCGGAUCACCUUUGGUGGCAGAUGUUUCAAGGGCUAUCUUAAAAGUAGCAGAGUCACCAAAAGCCAUGGAACUUCAGCGCGCAUGGUUCAAGAAGAAAGAGGAAAGUUGUCCAGACCCAGUCACCAGUCCAGAUCCAAAUCCAUAUAUUACCUCAAGACAGCUUGGUGUAGACAGUUUCCGACUUCUGUUUAUCGGUGUGUUUGUUAUAUGCAUCAUAAUCAUCGGCAAAUUCUUUUUCUGUUUCCUAAGGAAGACUGAAGGGAAUAAUAUGUGGGAACAGUUUAAGAAACCUGACAAUGAUUCGUAUAUCAACCGGGUAAAGAAAUGUUCCUGUUCGUCAAAACAGCAAGCGGUUCAUAACAGCAGUCAAGCAACAAAGCCAGACGAUGAUCAAUAAGUCAUAACCAUACCCGGCGUAGAGCAUGUGCUCACAGUCACAGUUCAUUUGCACUAGGUCCCUUUAUUUUUCUCGAAAUUCUUAUGGGGUAAUUAGGGCGGUGGUCUAUUAAAGAGUUAUAAAUAGAAGGCCCAAAUUUUCAAUGUAUCAUGUUUUUUUUAAUCAUGUAAGAUAAUG